CAGCAGGUGCAGGCUGGCUACAGGAAGGGCUGAAGGCUGUCUGGGACUUAGUUGCUGCACGUUCGCCUUCCCUCCCCAGGUGCUGUAUUGUCUAAACCAAGCUGGAGGUGUCUGUCUAUUUUUAGCAGGCUCCCUCUUGCAACGCGCUUCCUUCUUCUCCCUCAGCGAAAAGUCACAUUCUCCUGCAAGCUCCUAACUAUUGAUUUCCUGCUACCGACGAAGACCCGAAAAGGCCAUGAAGGAGAUGCUUUGGUGAAAAAUCAAAGCGAGCGGCGGACUUCUUGCUUUGAGUCUGUGGGGAUGGAGGAUGGCUUAGGAAACUCCUGACAUUCCAGGAUCUGUACACGUCCUUGCUUUGUUUGGGUUGAAGCACGGGUUUUAACAGAUUCUUCUGUAGCGUCUGUGUGGAAAGUGCCACACACCCUCCAGAACAACGACGGCUUUUGCUUGUAUUUUCCAGUGUUUCUUUUGUCAGCAAGUUCAGCAGAAUUGUUUUUCUUCAAGUGCCAGCCCUGAUCCGACGGAGGAGCCAGCGACAGAAAUGGUAAAAAUGACAAAAUCGAAAACUUUCCAGGCGUACCUGCCAAAUUGUCACCGAACCUACAGUUGUAUCCACUGCAGAGCCCACCUGGCUAAUCAUGAUGAACUAAUUUCCAAGUCUUUUCAGGGAAGCCAGGGGCGAGCUUACCUCUUUAAUUCUGUGGUGAAUGUGGGCUGCGGUCCUGCAGAAGAGCGAGUUCUUCUGACGGGCUUGCAUGCAGUAGCAGAUAUUUAUUGUGAAAACUGCAAAACCACACUUGGAUGGAAAUAUGAACAUGCAUUUGAGAGCAGUCAGAAAUACAAGGAAGGAAAAUUCAUCAUUGAACUUGCUCACAUGAUCAAAGACAAUGGCUGGGAAUGAACUGCAAUACGAUUCCUUGUUUCUGGACAACCGAUCUCUGGAACAUGCUUUAUUUUAUAAAAAGACUAAUGAAAACAAACAAACAAACGGUGAUUGGGUGGUUGAGAAAAUCUCUGCAUUUUCAAAGCCACCAAACUCAGUGGUGUAAUGUUGUGGUCCUCCCCUCCCUGCAGAACAUCCUUUGCCUUUUUUUUCUCCUCUCUAUGUAAGUCCCCUCUUUUUCUAUAUGUACUCCUGUGUAAACGGUUAUUUUGGAUGAACUUUUUCUAUACUCUGAGGAAUGAUUCCAUAAUUCCAAGUAACUUUUACUAGAUAGCAUCUCUCUUUUGACCGACGCCUUCAGUUGCUCCUUUGUGCUGUGCGUGCUUUUUGCUGAUCACUUGCUCCAGAGUUUUGAAAGAGGCCUGUAUGAACAGUCCUGGGAAGGUAUGGGAUUAGUACAUCUUUAUUUUACCCCGUAUAUAGCCAUUUCUGUGGUCUCUUUGCAGUGAAAAGGAUGCAGUAUUGUAUUAUUCAUUAUUACAUCUUUUUUUUUUUUUUUUAAGUGUACCACAGCCCGUUCGGUAUCUUUUGGCUAGGUUUGUGAAAGAUUCAGUUAGCUGCCCUGACUGAAGUUAGCAAGGAUUUGCUUUCCUAUUUUUUUUAAAAAAGAGAGAGAAACUGUCAGGGAAGAGACUGAGUAAUAAUUUGCAAGGAUAACUUAAGACUGUAGACCCAAAUCCAUACAUUCUGAAGAAAGUGUAAGCUUUGCUCUUGUUAAAAAGAAAAGAAUGUAUAGCAGUGUCUUCAAGAUCGGAGGACUGAAAAAUAUGCAGCUCUUAUUUUUAAUAUGUCGGUUUAAAAUGUUUUUGGUACUGUACCUUUAAUGGGAAGGGGUACAUCAAUUGAGGUUUUAUGGCUGGUUCCAUGUAGUUACCUAGUUUUAAUGCACUGGAUGAAAAAGUUAAUUCAAUGUCCUCAAAGCCACCUGCUUUGGCAGUACUGAAGCACACCAAAUUGUGUGUGUGUGUGUGUGUGUGCGCGUGCACGAGUGUGUGUGAAAAGCUGUCACUAAUCCACCUGGAGGAGGUUGUAAGUUUUGUAAGCAAGUAAAAAGUGGCAACUUGGCAUAAGCUCUUCAUUAAAAAAGAAAGAAAGAAAAAGAAUGAAGAAGAUAGUUUUUUUAAAAGGGGUGCUUGAUUUGCUGGCUGAAUCAUCCCUAAGCACAAUUUUAUAAUAAUCUGUUACGUAAAAAAAAUAUCAUCUUGGGAUUUUAGCCACCCCUGAUUCUAAGUGGGGCGGAUCAGACAGGACCACAAUGUGUAAAUGUGUGUAGCAUUUCUUUACAGGAACUUUUAUGCAUACCAUUUCAAGAGAUUUGAAAACAUUUUGGGGUUGUUGGGGGGGUGGGUUGCAUUUUUUUUGUCCCAAUAUUUCCAAGGGGAAAAAUGUAUAGGAGAACAUUUUAUCUGAAUAAUCCAGAACUGCUGAUAGCAUGGAUAACAGUAACUGUAAUAAUAAUAAUAAUAAUAUAGGAAGCUUUACAAUGGAAACUCUAAUAUACUUUUUACCUGUUGCAGCUAAGCUUGGCAUUGUCUCUCCCUAUGGCUGCUACUAAACUCCUCUAACUGACGUUCAGAUCUCAACUGCACUUUAGCUGUAUCCUUCAUUAUAAAAAUAGGAACUAUCUUCUCCUGAAAUUAAACGCCCCCCCCCACUUCCCCUCUUGAUUGAGGAAUUAAUUCCCUAGUAAAUUCUUUGGGAAGAAGAAUGGUUACACUGUGAUGCAAAAAGGAUAUUGAAUAUAUCUAUUUAAGUGUGUGUAUAUAGUUACCUUUUAGGCAUUCAGAUCCAAAGAGCUGUACAGCUAGUCUCAGAUUUUGUUUGACCUUUAUUCUGGUGCUUUAUUUAGUAUGAAUGAAUUUUUAAACCCAUGAAUCUUCAGUCCGGUGCCUUAUCUAAAGUGCAGUGGAACUGGGAUUCGUCUUGAUUCACAUCCAGACAGCAGCAGUUUCAGCCCUCAUGGUUUUAUUCGAAGAUGAGAUGCUUGUUAGGGAGUACGUUUGGAUGUAUAAUAAUUGAUUUACUGCAACUACCCUGCACUGCUAGUACAGGUCCCUUGGACUGAGAGUAAUCAGCAUAGGAACUAUUACCAGCACCCAUAACAUGUCCUGUAAGUUUUCUGACUUGUGCAGACAUAAGCCUGUUGAGUCCUAACAUUCAAACGAAAUUAACGUCUUGUACACCUCCCUACAAAUCCUUUAAAGGUCUGGUUUUGAUGUAUCCCCUCUAUUGCUUUAUGGCAAUAAUAGAGAACUAGAUUAUCCUAUGAGAUCAGUAUCGACUGCCAACAGCAAAAGUUCUGAAAUUUUCAGCAGCCAGACUCACAGGGUUGUUUGGUUUGCAAUGCUAGCUAUAGAACCUUUUUCCUUCAACAAUGAGUAUUUGCUUUGCUAGUGCUCACACUGAUGCAUUUCUCAAUCAUCUGAAGGCCACUUUGUCAGGAUUUUGAGAAGGUGGGAGCUUGAGGGGUAAAAAAAAAAAACUUGAGGGGAAAAUCUCAUGCGAAAACUUAACUUUGAUCAGGAAAUGCUUGGGCCAAACUACGUUACACACAAAUGUGACUGUAUUUUUCAUAAAGCCGAAAAUUCACUUUGAGUGAUAGAGAAUCCACAUAAAGUGGAUUUUAUACUAACUAGCUCUCUACCAAGGUGUAUUUUCUCAUAAUGAAAAAGGGGCACCUUCUCACACAUUUGCAUGUAACGUGCAGGCCUUUUGAGUACAUGAACAUGGGCAAUUUCCCUAGAAUUUUUUGUUUAACCUGGAUGCCAAAAAGAGGGAAAAGAGGCAUUUGGAACAUCAAAUUGCAGCUUAAAAUCUAAUGCAAUUUAUUUGUAGUGAUAAGCAUUUAAAGAUACGAAACAGAGCAAUAUUUUUUAAUGGAUUUUGAAACAAGGUAUAGGAAGGCCGUGGGGAAUUUUAAAUCCAGAACAAAUUGUGUAGGUCUCAAGUAGCAUUCCUGUAUUAGAUUCCUGGGAAUUAGUGGGCUCUUUUACUUGGCACUGUAAGAGUUCUUUAAAACUGCAUACUACAAAUUGACAGAUUUGGUGAAAAUUGAAUCCAGAUACUGCUGGAUGUUGGUUGAUGUAUAAAAGAUCAGUCUGGAUACUGAACUUUCCAGCAUUACGUUAAAAAAUACUUGAACAUUUUACAAAGCAUUUUCCCAUUUAACCUUUUUUUGUAAUGUAUUCUAUUUAAGAGUUUGUGUGUGCUUUGUGGGUAAGUUUAAUCUUUCCCUUCAACUUGAGCACUUUUGUUGCUUGUUAUUUUUAUUACUGUUGAUCUUAACAUUUAUUUUAUAUAUAUAUAUAUAUAUAUAUCUAUAUUUUAUAAAUUGUAACAGCGAUUUUUGUGAACAUCUAUGCGUUAUCUACUAGAUUUUCCUCCCCUUGGUGAAGUAGGUGAACUGACUACAAGCUGGUUCUUGAGAAGGUUGUUCAUUGGCACUUAGAGGAACAUGCUGACAACAUUUACAUUUUUGGAGUGUGUGUUUUUAUUCUUCAUAGUCAUGGCUCUUGUAAAAUAACCACACAAUCUGACCUGAUUCAGGGCCAAUUCAGACACUCUAAAAAAAAAAAAAA